AUGUCCCUGUCCAACAUCUCGCCUCUUCCCUCCACCAAAACACCCCCUCCUAGUAACCCCAUACCAAACGACCAAAUCCUCAUCCUCCCCUGCACCCCCGCCGACGCCUCAAUGCUCGUGAGCCUCCCCUCCCACCACUCCCACCCCCCUAACACCGCUCAGGCAUCAUGUCUCUACACCAGCUUCCCCUCCACAUUCUGGGACCUCGUCGAGCCGCCCUCCCAGCGCCCCUUACCCGCCAUUCGCCUCGCCCUGAUGGCCAAGCGCCUCAUCCCAAGCCUAUCCGACCCGGCCAUCCAAUGGAUCAAAGCCGUGCACGCGCCGACGGACGAGUGCAUGGGCAUGGCAUGCUGGACGCUCCCCGGGUCCGCGGUGCACAAUCCGCUGCGCAAAUCCGCGAUUGCCUUUUACGCCUGGGACGCGAAAAUGCGCUGGACGCAGCACGACGUCGAGGAAAUGUUCGCGCAUGUGUGUGCCGAGCAGUGGGAUGUUCCCAUCGCGCGCAACGACCGGCUCCGCGCGCAGUUUUUCCAGGGCCAGGCCCAUUGGUAUCUCAGUCCCGUGUGCACGUGGCCGAAGUGGCAGGGCAUGGGCGUGGGGAGGAAGUUGUUGGCGUGGGCGCUUGAGCGCGCGGAUCGGACGGGGACGCCGGUGUAUUUGAGGAGUGCGCCGGAGGCGAGGGGUUUUUAUGAACGGGUGGGGUUUGAAGAGGUGGAGGAGGGGGUGUUUGUUAGGAGGGGGAAGGGAGGCGUAGGGGAGGUGUAG